AUGCGCUUCAUCGCACCGAUUUGCCUGCUCUUAUCCGUCUCCAGGGCUGUCCUCGUCCCUGGCCCGACUGGCCCCUACGCCGUUGCCAUGAAGGAGCUGCCUCUGACGGACACAAGCCGGCAUGAUCCCCUAGAUCCGACGGGCAAAUCCAAAAGCCGCCGUCUGCUGGUCUCGCUCUACCUCCCAGUCGACAAAUCCAGACGAUCAUGCCCCGUUGUGACUGUUCCGUACAUGACUCCUCCAGUCGCCGCCAGCUACGGACAACAGGCCACUCAGGUAGGCCUGCCGGAUACUCUCUAUCAGCCGUUUCAGAUGGAGUUUUGCGAUCUCAAGAAGCUCUCUCCCUGCGGCCAGGCUUCCAACAAAAACAAGAAAUAUCCUCUCAUCCUCUUUGAGCCUGGUCUUGAGGAGUCACGUCUCAUUUACGGCGCCAUGGCUCGGUCCCUGGCCAGCCAUGGCUAUGUUGUUAUUAGCGUCGACCAUCCCUUUGAAGCACCGGCCAUCCAGUACCCAGACGGGACCAUCAUUGAAGGCAUCGACUUUGACCCCUCUGAUCCUGCCGUUCUCCCAAAGCUUCUCAAGGUGCGCACCGACGACAUUACCUUCAUCAUCAACCAGCUCGAGAAUCAAAAAGUCAUGAAGCCCGUGCUCGCAGACUUCCCCGGCACCAUUGACUACCACCAGCUCGCCAUCUGGGGCCACUCCUUUGGCGGCGCCACCUCUGCAUCUGUCAUCAACGCCGACAAGCGAGUCAUCGGCGGUCUCGACCUUGACGGCAUGGUGAUGGACCCUGUUCUGAGCAGCAACGUCGCCAAGCCCUUCAUUUUGGUCGGGCACGAGGGCCACGAUGACGAGGAUCCGUCGUGGAACCAGUUCUGGCCUCGUCUCAAGGGCAAGCGCAUGGAGCUUUCCAUUGCCAACACUCAGCACGGGGCGUUUAAGGAUGACUUGAUGCUUGUUAGUGCUUUGGAUCUUCCGGCCGCGGCUAAGGAGGCUAUCGCGCAGGUUCUGGGGAGCAUUGACCCGCAUCAGCUCGAUAAGGACCUGAAUGGCAUCUUGAUGGCGUACUUUGAUCUGCUCUUCCAUGGCAAGAAGCAGUCCUUGGAGGCUAUUCCUCACAACUUUGCCAACGUUAGUAUUCUGCGGGGCAACAUUUAG